AUGGCCGGCUACAACUCCAUGCCCCCACUCUCCGUACCGGCUGGCUCCAACUCUGGUGCCCUCGGCCUCGGCGUCAAUGUCAAUGUGAACCAUCCGAAUCCCGGCGGCGGCCUGAACAUGGACGCUUUUGACCAGGACAUUGCCUUUGACGAAGCUCUUCUCGACAACGUCAACGGCCUGCCAUUACCGUUCACGCCCUCGUACGACUUCGAGACCUUCUCCACCACUUUUGAAGACCCGUUCCCCUACUCUGUCGCGGCUACCGGCCGGCCCUAUGAGCUGGCACCACACAAUGGGGACGGCUUCUUGCAGUCCGCAUCACCGCAGGAUGAGGGCCUCGACAACAAACUGCUCAGCUUCACCGCGCCGGUUGUCAAGGCGGCCGUCGUCGACGAAGGCGGCCAGUUUUCCGAGCCCGCCAUGACCGCCGAGCUCUUUGGCAUGUUUUUCUUGGCCGAGGAUGUCUACUCGGCCGAAAACACUGGCCGCCCGCUCGAACUCACCUGCUACCGCCGGAAUCUCUGGUGGUGCUCAGGCCAGAUCACGCUCCCGCGACAAGUCACGCAUAUCGUCACAGACCAAGGCCAGCACGUUGCGGUGCACGAGCUUGCGGCGUCCAUUUCGGCAAUCGAGAGCAUCGAGGGCAAGACGACGGAGAUUAUCUGCAUCCCCUGGAAGAGCACGGCAGCCAACAGUGGCGCCAACAACGGCAGCAGCGCACCAAGCGAUGACUCCAAAAUCGCUGGUUCGCCACCAAACGUGCCCAUCGACCUAGCCAACGGGCAGGAACUGGACAACGGUCUUGUGUCUGUGCCUGUGUCCUGGAAGCGCUUACAGUUCAAGCACGCUACCGCCAAUAACGGUCGUCGCAAGGGCCAACAGCAGCAUUACGUCGUGCAGAUCAACCUGCUCGGCCGCAUCCAAGCCGAGGCUGAUGCGAGCGGCACCGCUGGCAGCGACAAGAGCGAGGAGGGUGAGUGGGUCAAGAUUGCCGAGAUCCAGUCUGGACCCGUCAUUGUCCGCGGCCGCAGUCCACGCAAUUUUGUCAGUCGCCGCGACGUGCCCCUGACUGGCACCAGCACGGCGGUUGAUAAGAAGCAACAAAUGCAGCAGCAGCAGCAGCAGCAGCAGCAACAACAACAGUUGCAACAACAGGUGCAACAGCAGCAGCAGCUCGAUCGUCAUUCAAUAUCCUCCACCAACACGCUAGAAGCUGCAAUGCACCAGGGCCAGCACCGCAGCAACAGUAACGGCAUCGACAUGGCGCAGAACUUCCAGGGAUACAACCUGCUUGGAACCAUGCCACAACCGAACGAUUGGUCGCAGCAAUACGCUCAAGUACAGGCUCAGGCUCAGGCCCAACUCCAAGCGCAACAGCAAAGCCCACAUCCCGCCAAGAAGAUGGCCCUCUCCCCGACCCAAACACGGCCACCCGUCCCUGCGUGGAACAGCGAAUCGACGCCGUCAAGAUCAACAAAAGCCCAACAGCAGCAGCAGCAACAUCAACAACAGCAGCAGCAGCAGCAGCAGCAGCAGCAGCAGCAGCAACAACAACACAGCCUGGUACAGCGAUCCAACAGUGCCGCUGUUCCCCUCAACCUCUCCUUGUCUGAAGAUGAGCGCAGCCCGUCUAACCGGACCGGUGCCGACCGUCCUUCAAACAGCCCGCCUUUCUCCAACGUGGUCGCCGGCAGUGGAAGAGCCACCACGACAAUCGCCCUUCCGGCGGUAUCCACAUCCGCAUCCUCGGCUGCCACCGGAAACAACACAGCCGGUGCUGCAGCGGCUGCGGCUCAGAGCGAUUCGUUUGAAAACGGCGAGCUUCUCUACGAAUAUUUCCCGCUCAGUCUGGAUGAUUGGAUGCCACCUGUCGACGCCAUCUACCGGCCACAUGUUGUGCACCACACGGUCGUGCCCCCCGAAGUGAAAGCACAGCAAGUGCGCAGUAAGACGAAACGGUACUUUGCAGCAGAAUAA